AUGGGUGCUAAAAUCGUUGUCUUAGGUGCUGGUGUUCUUGGGUUAACAUCAGCUUUAGAACUAUUGAAAAAAGGUCAUGAUGUUUCAAUCGUUGGUAGACAUAUUCCUGGUGAUCUAGACUCCUUGUACACUUCACCAUGGGCAGGAGCUAAUUGGGGAAGUUUUGCAGGCCCUGAUGAAUAUUUCUUGCAAGAUCUUGAUAAACCUGGUUAUAAGAAAUUUUUUGAAUUGGCUCGAAACGAUCCAAGUGCUGGAGUCCAUAUUGUUCCACAUCAUACUUACAUUACCAAAGCUGAAUUGGAAAGAAAAGGGGGGAAAGUAACAUAUCCUUGGUUUAUCAAUUUCGUUGAAGGCUUUAGAGAAUUGGAUCAAAGUGAACUACCAAAAACUGGUGAUAUUGUCAAAGGUUGGACUUUUGACUCUGUAACUAUCUCAACUACAUUAUAUUUAAAUUAUUUAUUACAAAAGAUCUUCAAAUUAGGUGGUACUCUAAGAAGAAAAGAAGUCAAACAUCUCAAAGACGCAUAUGCUUUACAUCAUACUGGCUCAAAGGCUGAUAUUGUUAUUAACUGCACUGGUCUACUAGCAAGACGUUUGAAAGGUGUUGAAGAUCAAGAUGUCUAUCCAAUUAGAGGUCAAAUUCUUUGGGUUAGAAAUAAUGCUACAAAGCAAAUCGUUGUUGCUAUAGAAGGUUAUGCUAAUGAGUCAUUAUACAUCUUUCCAAGAAAAGAAGGUGGUUGUAUAAUUGGUGGUACAUUUAUUGUUAAUGACUGGAGCACCAUCCCAGACCCUGAGUUAUCUAAGAGAAUGAUUGAAAGGGCAAAGAAAUACUUGCCUGAAUUGGUUGACCCAAAGUUGGGUAAUGAUCCAGAGAUUGAUGUGUUUAGACAUAAUGUUGGUUUGAGACCAGCAAGAAAGAAUGGACCAAGAAUUGAAAGAGAAGGUUCAAUCAUCCAUAAUUAUGGAAUAUCUGGUGCUGGAUACCAAGCUUCCUAUGGUCUUGCUGGACAGGUCAUUCGCUUGGUUGAUGAAUAUUUGAAAAGAGAAGCAAAGUUAUAA